ACAGUAGGUGGCGGCAUGCACAACGAAAUGUGCGAACGGAAUGAUAGCAAAGAAGAACAUCAAGGAAGCUGCUAGUGUGGGCGGCUCUAUCAGAUGUUCAACAUCAAAACAACAUUAUUAGCGCGUCAGAUGCAUUUACGACUGCACUGACAUUUAAACAAUUUUGGUUAGAUGUAUACUGUAUUGGAAGUGCUACUAAAAGUAACCUGAUGUAUAGCUUAUACUGUUUACCGUCUUUCGCUCAAUAGCUAUCUCAAAAUCGCCAUUUUACCUUCUGGUUGUGCCUUGGGCGGUGGGUUGAGCGGCCAGUGUCAAAAUAGUUGCUAGCUGGGUUGCUCACUAUUUUAGACGUUAACCCAGUACAACGAGCUUUUAAAAUAUCAUGCUAGCUGUCUAACAAGCUUGGCUACAUGCUUGGUAGCUCAUGGUAGUAGUUUCAAAUUACGACGUUAGCCAGGUAGCUAGUUAGCCAAGCGACUAUCUAGUUGGCUAACAACAAGCCUUAUCAGAUAAUCAACUGUAGCUUGUGGUACUGGCUAGCUACCUAGAGGACUUUAUACAAUAACCAAACUGGAUAAAACGUUGGAUUUGGUCGGUUUUAAGUCGGGCUCAGCGGGUUCGCUGACCCCACAGAAGAGGAUGAAGAAGAGGAAGGAACUCGAUGCAUUAAUCGGACUUGGGGACAGUAAAAGGAAGAAAACCAAAAAGGGGUCCGGGCACAGGCUCCUCAGAACCGAGCCUCCACUAGACUCAGAAUCCGAAUCAAGUUCAGAUGAUGAUGAAUUCAGCAACUUUGCUACUGUCGCUGCUUUUGGAAAAAGUUACGUGAAGUGCUGCAAUGUCUGCUAUCCCUUGUUCCUGUUCAUCAUACUGGCUGCCUGUGUUACGGCUUGUGCCGGACUGAUAUGGAUGCAGAUUGCCCUGAAAGAAGAUCUAGACUCCCUCAAAGAAAAGCUGCAUACAAUGGAAUCCGGCCAGAAGGUUUCGUCACAUGAAAUACCAAAACUAAGUGAAGAUCUGAAGACAAAGCAGAGAAAACUGGAGGACAUUGAAAAUGGAGACAAGGGUCUGAACAAACUGUGGUCCAACCUUACAGAGAUUAACAGAAAGAUCAGUUUUCUGGACACUGCGGUGAACCAUCUAAAGGCCAACAUCAAAUCAGCCUCAGACUUAAUCAACCUUCCGACUACAGUUGAAGAGCUCCAAAAGAGUGUGGCUUCAAUCGGCAGCACUUUAACCAGUGUGCAGCAUGAUGUCAAGACAAUACAGACGGCCCUUGAGGACCAGAAGAAAGAAACAGACGACCUCAAGAGGACCAUGGAUGCCGAGGCUAAAGAAUCAAAUGUGAAAUCGACAGCCUCAGUUGAAAAAGAAACAAGCAACCGCUCAUCAACAUUAGCUCAAAACCAGGAUGUAACUCACCUGAGAGAGGUUGUGAGCGAAGUUAACAAGACCCAAGGGCUGUACCACUCCUGGACUGGUGACCAAAUCCAGAAUCUCCAAACCGCUGUGUCCAACCUCACUCACAGGGUGUCUUCCAUGGAGCAGGGCUCUCCUCAGACAACACCACACAGUGACCUUGUGGAGGUAGUUGAACAAUUGCCUGUCAGUGGAGAUGCAACAGAACCAGUGAAGGACCUGGCCACAGAGAUGGACACCAAUGCAGAUGGACUUAAAGCAGCAACUUCAGAAGCUACACAUGAAAAAUCCACAGGUUCAAAGCCAACGAGGCGUCCAUGGUUUUUGACUCCAAACCGCACCAAGAGAGAGUCUGGAACAGAAAGCCCAAAGACUGUGUCAUUCCCUGGAGUCAGCUCUCUGAAAGAUCUCAAAGAGCUCUUUGAGCGCUCGGGUACCGACCCCACCACUCAGGGGAUGUCUUACCAAGUCCUGAAGAAAUUAUUUGACACAGCAACGCCAGAUCCCCAAAGCCUGGAACGCUACGACAAAGACGGGGACCAGAGGUUCUCACUGGCUGAAAUGAAAGCUGCUGCAGGUCUGUGAGAAGAGGAGUGGCAGAGGCAACAGUGGAAGGAGAAGUGGUCUCUGGUGUGUGUGGAGUGCCUCACAGUGAAGAUAGUUGCACUUUUAUUGAACUGAGUAUUUAAUAACAAACUGAAUGUUGAACGGUAGCACUGGCUAGCCCCCCCCCCCUUCCACACCUUACUGGUCCUACACGCCUAAGCUAGAGUAAGCAACUCAGAUCCAAGCUUUGAUAUUUCUAUAUUAUUUUCCAAAACAGUUUACAAAAUGGUACUGUUCAGAAAUAUUUGUUUUAUUCAUUUAUGACCAGUUGAUGUCAAAUGAAUUGUUGAGAAGGGUCAAAAUAUCACCUAUUAUAAUGUAGUUCCUACCACACACACACUCCCAUUUUAGAUAAGUUCAGAUCGUCUUUGCUCAUUUUCUGUCUUCUUUAUACAUGUUUUGUUGUAAGUCUCGAGUUAUUUUCUGCAUUCUUAUUUGGAUUUUAAUGUAACACAGAGACUGUAGACAUAUCCUUAACCCAACCAUAGUUUAUUUUUAAGUUGUUUUUAAGUCUGCAAUAUUUGAAGGGCUAUAAACACACACUUUUAACUAGUUCAGAAUGAAUCAUGUUGAAAUAUUAACUCCUGAAGCAUAUGUAGCAAUAAUACAAUGUAAAUGAGCUUAUACUAACAGACUAUAGUGAUCACUUCAAUUUGCAGUAUAUAUACAGUACCAGUCAAAAGUUUGGACACCUACUCAUUCAAGGGUUUUUCUUUAUUUUUACUAUUUUAUACAUUGUAGAGUCAUAGUGAAGACACAAACUAUGAAACACAUAUGGAAUCAUGUAGUAACCAAAAAAGUGUUAAACAAAUAUAUUUUAGAUUCUUCAAAGUAGCAACCUUUUGCCUUCGACAGCUUUGCCUUCUCUCCAACCAGCUUAACCUGGAAUGCUUUUCCAACAGUCUUGAAGGAGUUCCCACAUAUGCUGAACACUUGUUGACUGCUUUUCCUUCACUCUGCGUCCCAACUCAUCCCAACCCAUCUCAAUUGGGUUGAGG